CACCGCGCGUUCUUCGAGCACCAUCCACGCCAUGAUGACGCGACCCCUUUGAAAGUGGCUGUUGUAAAUAGCCCACGUAAAGACACUCCGGCGGCAUCAUUAGAUAUAACACGCCGGGUUAUUUUCACGCGUUUAACGAACACGGGAUUUUAUUCCAAGCUGCUUUUCCGCCAUGUUAUCGUCUCUUCCCACCAGGCUGCUUAUACGAAGGUCACGCAGCCUGUCACCAUGCAGCCGCGUCCUCCAGACCAGCGCGGGCGGUUCUUCCUGCCAGGCCAUUCGGGAGCCAACCACGGAUAUCAACCGCAACCCCGUCGUGUCCACGUCCCGGGUUUCCCGACGGGGGAUUUUGGCUGAUGACACCGCGGCUAAGAGCGGGAACCAGUCGGUGCAGUACCACCAUCUCGCCCCAAGAUGGCUGUCAAACCUGGAGAACCGUCGCAGCUCAUGGGCCGCGUUGGCCAGCAGGGGGCGCCACGACAAGCUUUGCUGGGAGGAGGGCGGGCAGAGAGAUGGAGGUGAGGGCCGAGGCGCAGGUGGAGGUGGCGCCGGGGCACAGGUGGCCUCUGCCGGCCUGGUAUCUGCUGCAGCUGCGGCCUUCUGCCUGAAGAAAGACUCUGAUAACAAAGGUGAUGCUCUCUUGGAGGCAGCCAGGACCAACAACCCGGAAGAUGUAAUCAGAUUGUUGCAGGAAGGGGUGGAUCCUAACUACCGUCACCGCCUUGGCUGGACCGCGCUUAUGGUGGCUGCCAUGAACCGACAGCACAGUGUGGUGAAGGUUCUGCUUGAAGCCGGUGCUGACCCGAAUGCUGGAGAUGACUUCAACAAUGUUUAUGACACCUCCAGAGAGAAAGGAAUACACUCACUGGAAGUUCUGGUGUCCAGAGAGGAUGAAUUCAGCAGCAGACUAAGCAGCAGGGCGGGUUUUCGAGGCUGCACCGCGCUCCACUACGCCACGCUGGCUGACGACCCAUCCACCGUCCGUGUGCUGCUGGAGUUUGGUGCAAACCCCCUACACAUCAAUGGUCUGGGACACACAGCGCAGGCCUAUGCCAAAGAAGGAGAAGUGCGCACACUUUUGCAGGAAUGGGAAGGAAAGUUCCAGGAGGCGAAAGCUAAGCGAGAGGCGGAGGAGAGGAGAAGGUUCCCCCUGGAGAGGAGGCUGAAGGAGCACAUCAUCGGACAGGAAGGGGCCAUCAACACCGUGGCUUCAGCCAUCAGAAGGAAGGAGAACGGCUGGUACGAUGAAGAGCAUCCGCUCGUGUUCCUCUUCCUCGGCUCGUCAGGAAUUGGGAAGACGGAGUUGGCCAAACAGGUGGCGCGCUACAUGCACAAGGACAUCAAAAAGGGAUUCAUCCGCAUGGAUAUGUCCGAGUUCCAGGAAAAACACGAGGUCGCAAAGUUCAUUGGCUCGCCGCCAGGAUACGUGGGACACGAGGAAGGAGGUCAGCUGACCAAGCUGUUGAAGGCGUGUCCUAAUGCCGUCGUCCUGUUUGACGAAGUGGACAAGGCUCACCCGGACGUCCUCACCAUCAUGCUGCAGCUUUUCGACGAGGGUCGUCUCACAGACGGCAAGGGAAAGACCAUCGAAUGCAAAGACGCCAUCUUCAUCAUGACGUCGAACGUGGCGAGCGAAGAGAUUGCCCAGCACGGACUGCAGCUGCGGCAGGAAGCGGAGGAGGUCAGCCGCAGGAAGCUGGCAGAUAAUCUAGAGGACGUACAGAAAGGAGACGACAUUAGAAUCUCCAGGAAGUUUAAGGAUUCUGUCAUCCGCCCGAUCCUGAAGGCACAUUUCAGGAGGGACGAGUUUCUGGGUCGGAUCAACGAAAUCGUCUACUUCCUGCCGUUCUGUCACUCGGAGCUGCUGCAGCUGGUCAGCAAGGAGCUUAGCUUCUGGGCCAAGAAGGCCAAGCAGCGCCAUGACAUCACUCUCCAGUGGGAUCGCACGGUUCUGGACUUGCUGGCGGGCGGAUACAACUUGCAUUACGGAGCACGCUCUAUCAAACAUGAGGUUGAGCGGCGGGUGGUGAACCAGUUGGCCGCCGCCUACGAGCAGGAGCUGCUGCCCAAAGGCUGCACCCUGCGUCUCUCCGUCCAGUCCGAGGGCCAGGAAGAGCGCGGCACGCCCAGUCUGCGCCUGGAGGUGGUCGGGGAGGACAGCUCGUCCAGAAUGCUGGACAUCCGCCCCCCGCUCAGCCCCGGACACUAAAACACUGCCGAGUGUCUUGCGGUAGCAACACAACUACAACACAUUGAAACGUUUUGGUGAAAGAUGAAAUUUCUCGUUUUUGUUCACUUCUCUGCACAUUUAGGACUAGCGGGCAUAAAUAUUACAACCAUGCACAUGUGAAUUUAUGGCGUUGUAGAUUAUGCAUGCUAAUUGUGACGAGUUGUUGAUGCUUUAGCGCUCCAAAGACAAAAAUAUUCCCAUUAAAGGAUCAUAAAUGUUUGAAGAAGCAAUUUGUGCACAAACCUCCGCUGUGUAAAUAAAGUUGUCGCCACAAAAAAAAAAGCUAAUUCUUCUUGUUUUUGUUCUGUUGCUGUCACACUGACUGACACUGCUGAUGGAUGUUUGUGUGCGUGUGUGUCCCUGGGUGGGAGUCGUACUACAAUAACGCUUGUCCACCUUGUGAGACGACAUGACAGGAGAAUCGCUGUGGAAUUCUGUUGUCUUGCAGGGAAUGCAGAGAACGUCCUGCAGGAAGGUUUUUCUCCAUGGGAAGAAUGAGCUUGCAUUCACUGCUCGGACCUCCCAACAACACAACUUUGAUUUACUAUUCAUCAACUUUUUAUUUACUUCUUAGUUUGGACUCUCCGUCUUAUUGUCGGAAUAACCAACAGGCCGCAAAGAUCUCCAUGAUGGAUUUUUUGACACCCAAAAAAAUAUACACACUAA